AUGAAGCCUCUUUACCACAUCGCCGCCAUUGGCUUCACAUUAUCUCAGGCAUGCUGGGCCGAUGGCAGCGUUUCGAAACGAGGUUCAACGCUUCCUCCAAAGCCCUCGUGUGACCCAGGAUUUACUCUAGAGGGCGUCUCAACCGAAGCGGUCAACACUCCGGGGACUCGGUUCAAAGCCGUCAUCUCAUGCUCAAGCCUCGACACCGAAAAGGUGUUUGUAUUCGUCAAUGGCGAAGAGUAUGGCGAUUUCCAAGCAUCAGAUUCGGGUAUUGAAUUCACCAACGGCCUCAGUGACGGUACAGCUCUGCUAGGAAUCAUCGCUGCCGAUACCCACGGCUACCCAUUCGUGAGCAGCUUUUCGCUUCGCUUCGGCACCCCGACUUCGAGUGUGAAGUCUUCACAGUCUCAGCAACUUCUCCAGGCUGCGGUGGACAAUGGCUGCUCGACCUGCGGCGACUGCAACUCGUGUCCCGGCUAUCCAAUGUGCGCAAGUACGUGCCAAGUGCCGCCUCCUCACCAGUGCGACUUUUACCAGACGUGUGUCGAGGAUUCUGUGCCCUGCUCCGGCGACUCCAGCUCGUAUGCCAUCAACUAUGGAUUGAAAAACUGCGAAAAAUUCGACCAGAAUCUUGAUCUCUUUUCUGAGAACGGCCAGACGUUUAUAUGGGGCACCAUGAACUGCCUGCAGAAAACACUCGUUCCGGUGGUUUCGGCUUGCAAUGCCACGUGCCAGAGCAUCCAUGAUGCGGCUUUUGGGUCGCACGCGCAGUGCUACAUUGCCAAUGGCUUCUGCAGCCUCGAGUGCAAAGACUAUGUGGCCGAGUUAUAUACGGUGGGCCUGGAUCUCUUCACGUCGGAUGCCAUCAAGUCUAUCUUUCAGACAGCAACCGGAUGUCUUGAGCGGAUUGAGCAAGUCAUCCAAGAGGGAGCUUGCGUGAACAAUGUACUUCAAGAUAUCAUCAUGUCCAUUCUUGACGUUUUAUCCGCCUGA